AUGUGGAAGAUUUUUAUCGACAGUGUGAUCCAGAAAAGGAGAAUUUAUGUUUGUAUGGUUACCCGGAGGAGGCUUGGGAGGUCAAUCUACCAGCAGAGGAAGUGCCACCGGAACUACCAGAGCCCGCUCUUGGAAUAAAUUUUGCAAGAGAUGGAAUGCAGAAGAAAGAUUGGCUAGCCUUGGUUGCAGUGCACAGCGACGCAUGGCUCCUCGCAGUAGCAUUUUACUACGGAGCUCGAUUCGAUAAAAAUGAGCGGAAGCGGUUGUUUAACCUUAUCAAUGACUUGCCCACACUAUUUGAUAUAGUAACGGGCAAGAAGCAAGCGGUUGAAAAGGCAGCAGCCAACAACAGCGGGUCGAACAAGGCGAAGAGCUCUGGCAAGGCGCGGAGUGGUGAGGUGCAGACAAAACAAUCGAAGGCGAAACAAGAAACUCCAGAGGAAGAGGAGGAUGACGAAGAGGAGCAUGGGGAAACGCUUUGUGGCAUUUGCGGCGGGCUUUAUGGGGCAAACGAGUUCUGGAUUGGUUGUGACCAUUGUGAUAAAUGGUACCACGGGAAGUGUGUGAAAAUAACACCAGCCAAGGCAGAGCAUAUCAAGGACUACAAAUGCCCGUCAUGUGCAAAGAGAGCUAGAUAA